UGAGAGAAGAGUUUUUUACCUCUCUGAGAUUUUUUUUUUCCUUGAGAGUAGUAGAGGAAGCAAGAGAGGAUUUACCUGGUCGGGUUGAGUUCACUUCAUUUGACUUUUUUUUUAAAUUAUUGUUAUUAUUAUUAUUAUUAAAAUAAUCAUCCUGCCUCAGAAGAAAGGAAGGUUUUUGGCAACUCUGGUUAAAAAAAAAAAAAAAAGAAAGACAACUUUUCAUCAAUGGCCUCUUUUGGAUAUUUCCUGUUUCUUUGUGGGUUGAGUCAGGCUCUGUCAAGUUACCCAAUCUGGUGGUCCUUGGCAAUUGGUCACCAGUACUCCUCCCUGGGGACUCAGCCCAUCCUGUGCGGCAGCAUCCCGGGCCUGGUGCCCAAGCAGCUGCGCUUCUGUCGGAACUACGUGGAGAUCAUGCCCAGCGUGGCCGAGGGGGUGAAGAUUGGCAUCCAGGAGUGCCAACACCAGUUCCGAGGGAGAAGGUGGAACUGCACCACCGUCAACGACAGCUUGGCCAUCUUUGGGCCCGUGCUGGAUAAAG